UGUAAUUCUUACACUAAUGUAAGAGAGAAGUGCUUUAACCCCCAAAUGUCUAUUUAUUCCUUCCUUUGGUUACUGCCUUAAACCCAGUUCCCUAUGCCUGGCAGGACAUGCAUCCUUAAUCCCACGAUGAUCCAGUUUCCUAGAACAACUUUCUCAAAAUAGAGUAUUUUACCUUAUCAAACUAAAGUAUUGAGGAAAAAGAAAAAUUUAAAAAGUAAAACAUUUAGCAACUCAAAGGUUCUGCUGGUUUUGUCCAUGUCCCACCUGACCUUGGGGCUCCUAACAGAACCAAGUUGAAAGGUGGGGAGGCUCUGCUCUCACAGAGGGGUUCUUACUCCGCCCUGGGCAGACUGUGGCAGGGGUCUGGGGGUGGAUGUGCCAGUUUUACAUGACUUUGUGGUCUUUUCAGAAAGAGCUCCGUGGGUUUGGGGAGGGCUUUGAUGGUCUCAGUAGAGCUGCCAGAGAGAGGAAGCGAUCACAACCCCCACCAGAAGAGGAACAGCUCAGGUCCUGGCUCAGGCCUUUCCUGGCUUUCCUCCUCCAGGAUUUGUGAGGCCUCCUGGGAAUCCCACACUGACUGGGAGGCCCUCCCCGCUGGCCAGGAGCUCAGUCCUUCUCUCUUCCGCAGCCCAUAGGGGCCCCUCCCACACCUCCCCAAAGCACAGCUAAAUCCAGGCUGCAGCGUUUAACAAAACUCCCCCUAAACCCUGAAGAGAUGCCCGUUCAUUGCGAAGGAAAACUACCCUCUACAAUGAUGAUGCAGGGCCUGUAGCUUCACAUUGUACCGAACUGUUUUGUCUCUUUUCCAGAAUAGGUUGAAUUGUAUCCUUGCUUAACCCAAAGACCUAUUAAAGUAUUUUCCUGAAAACAAAAGGGAUUAUUCCCGCCUGAGCAAUCUGCUUCCCCCUCCGCUGGAGAUAGAGGAACCGGUGUAAAAACCCCAGCCCAUGCAAUUCUGAAUAGCAGCUUGGCCCCUUUCCUUGCCAUUGCUGGUUCCAGAAACAGCAGCAACCACCUUCUGCGCGCUCCGCUGCGCUAUCUGCCUGUUUGGAAACAAGACGGACUCUGAAAGGGGGGCAGGGAUUUAGCUGGCUGGGGACUAUGCGAGAGACUCACGAGAGGGGCAGCAGGCCAGUGGCCAAAGAAACCACCACUUUUCCCAAGACUGGGGCUUUAAAUCUUGGAGUCAGAUGCGGGGAGGGAGCUCCGGGAUCUCCAGCCAUCUCUAAAUGUAAAGCCGGCGCUGGAGUAGACGACCUCUCCCCGCUCUUCCGGCUCCGAAACUCUCCGUAGCUCAGUGAGUGACUCCACACCCAAGGGGAGAGGGAAUGAGGAAAUCUUGGGAAAGUGCCGCCUAUCUGAUGAAGACCCGCUGGGCUCUAGCUACACAGAACUACUGUUAUUCCCUUGAAGAUGUUAUGCAUUUCCAUGCCUCUGUGAACACUUUGUGUAUGCUAUUUCCUCUUCCUGGAGUGCCCCCCCCUUCUCAAAGAACUCCUAUUCAUCCUUCAAGACCCUGUUCAAAGGUCAGAUGCCUCCAAAUCUUGCUGGACUUCCCAGACAGGAUUGGAUGCCCUGUGCUCCAAGGCAUAGGGUUCCUUCCCUGGCUCAUCACCCAAUCAGCAUCACCUUGGAUCUUGGAAAUGCAAAUUAUUGGGCCCUGCCCCAGACCUACUGAAUCAGAAACUCCUAGGACAGACCCGCAAUCUGUUUCAACAGCCCCGCAGGUGAUUCUGUUGCAUGGUUCAUUUCAAGUUCAAGAACCCGGGGCCUACAUCAUGAUUGUUCCCGCAGCCCAGAGCCAGAGCCAGAGCCAGAGCCAGAGGAGGGCGCUCCAAGGCAAACUUUCACCCCUAAGUAGUCAUGGCAGCUGGAAUGGGACAGGUAGAAGGGAAGAAAAGGAACGGAGUGAGUUAGGAGACAGAGUUCUAGUCCCACCAGUUCUACAGUCAUUGGCUGAGUGAUUCCGAGGGCUUUUCUGGGUCUCAGUUUUCUCAUCUGUGAAAUGAGCAUGUUGACUAGCUGGUCUCAAAUUUCCCUUUAUGUUCUGUUAUUCAGCUCUCCUUUGGAAUUCCAUGUUGUCUAUGCUAGGAAUGGAAUGAAGACAGAGUAUGAGGAAAUGAAGAC